AUGGCGCGGGUCCGCGUGGGUGCCGUCCUGGCCCUAGGCCUGGUCGGACUCUGCAGCCUCGGGGCUCUCGAAAGCUUCGUCACUUCGAGACAGGCGGAGGUUCAGCAUGCAGCUGGCAGAGGCGUUGCUGCCAGGCUAAAGACGCGUGUAGCUCUCCGGGCCGAUGGCUCGCUACUGAGACCCUUCGGUCCCGUCGUGGCCUAUGCCAAGGUUCUCAUGGACACAUCCGAGAGAACCAAGGAGUUUGUGCAAGUGGCCUCGGAUGUCAUGGAUGUGAAGGAUGCCUUUACAGACGCCGAGUUCUUGGAUUCACUGAGCCUGAUCCAGAACAACUACAACUUGACAAAUGUGCAGAAAGCGGAGAAAAUCAUCCAGCUUCUCAAGCCUGAAGGCGAGAGCUUCCAGUCGAGCGUCAUGCCAAAGUUCAUUGUCUUCCUGGGGAAGAAGAACAGACUCAGGGGCCUCAAGGAAAUCUGCAACGACUUCAUGCAGAGCCUGUACUUCAACCAGGGAAUAGCACCUGUGAUUGUGCGGACGGCGCAGCGGCUGAGCGAAGAUCAGAAGGCCAGGAUUAAAGAAAAGAUGUGUAUCAAGGCGGAGUGUGCGGAGGUAAAGCUCAUCGAGCAGGUGGAUGCCAACCUCAUUGCGGGCUUCACCAUCACCUGGGGCUUCGUUGACCCAGUGAGGUUGGAGGCUCCCUCGCAUGGCAUCGAUUUGUCCUUGCGACGUAUCCUGAACAAAGGGGCUUUGCAGGUUGGCGGCCUCGUCGAUGCAUUGUAG